GGGGGCGUGUGCCCCCGGCCGGCUGCCCGCGUGGAUGCCUCCCGGCGGCGGCGGGCCCAUGACCGACUGCGAGUACAGCCAGAUCAGCACCCACAGCUCCUCCCCCAUGGAGUCGCCCCACAAGAAGAGGAAGAUCGCGGCCCGCAGGAAAUGGGAGGUGUUCCCGGGCCGAAACAAGUUCUUCUGCAACGGGAGAAUCAUGAUGGCCCGGCAGACCGGCGUCUUCUACCUGACGCUCGUGCUCAUCCUCGCCACCAGCGGACUCUUCUUCGCCUUCGACUGUCCGUACCUGGCCGUGAGGAUCACGCCCGCGAUCCCCGUGGUGGGUGGCAUCCUCUUCUUCUUCGUCAUCGGGACCCUCCUGCGCACCAGCUUCAGCGACCCGGGGGUCCUCCCGCGAGCCACACCUGACGAGGCCGCAGACCUGGAAAGGCAGAUAGAUAUCGCCAACGGCACCAGUUCAGGGGGGUACCGCCCACCUCCCAGAACCAAAGAGGUCAUCAUCAACGGGCAGACUGUGAAACUCAAGUACUGUUUCACCUGCAAGAUUUUCCGGCCCCCUCGAGCCUCCCACUGUAGCCUUUGUGAUAACUGCGUAGAACGAUUUGAUCACCACUGUCCCUGGGUAGGCAACUGUGUGGGGAAAAGAAACUACAGAUUUUUUUAUAUGUUUAUUUUAUCUCUGUCUUUUCUGACAGUCUUUAUAUUUGCAUUCGUUACCACCCACGUCAUUCUUCGUUCCCAGCAGACGGGAUUCCUAAAUGCUCUUAAGGACAGUCCUGCGAGCGUGCUGGAAGCCGUGGUGUGCUUCUUCUCCGUGUGGUCCAUCGUGGGCCUCUCAGGUUUCCACACCUACUUGAUCAGCUCCAACCAGACGACAAAUGAAGACAUUAAAGGUUCUUGGUCAAAUAAAAGAGGUAAAGAAAAUUACAAUCCCUACAGUUACGGGAACAUCUUCACAAACUGCUGUGCGGCGCUGUGCGGGCCCAUCUCUCCCAGCCUGAUUGACAGACGGGGGUACAUCCAGCCUGACACCCCACAGCCGGCAGCACCUUCCAACGGCGUCACCAUGUAUGGGGCCACCCAGUCACAGAGCAACAUGUGUGACCAGGACCAGUGCAUUCAGAGCACCAAAUUCGUUUUGCAGGCCGCGGCCACGCCCCUGCUGCAGAGCGAGCCCAGCCUGACCAGCGACGAGCUGCACGGGCCCGGGAAGGCCGGCCUGGGCACACCGUGCACCAGCCUGACGCUGGGCCCCCCCACGCCGCCCUCCUCCAUGCCCAACCUGGCCUCGGAGGCGGCGCUGGCCGACGUGCUGCCCCUCAAGGACGAGCAGGUGGCCCACCAGUUCCUGACCCCCGACGAGGCGCCCUCCCCGCCCCGGAGGCUGGUGCCCGGCAGCCCGCUGGCCCACAGCCGCACCAUGCACACGCUGGGCCUGGCCAGCCAGGACUCUCUGCAUGAGGACUCCGUGCGGGGCCUGGUCAAGCUCAGCUCCGUGUGA